UUGUCCCCAAUCGGGGUUAGAGUAGGGUUUUCCUAUCCUGGGCGUUUUAAAACCGUAUAUUUUUUUUCCUGCGUCUCGAUAGAUUGUUGCUACAGGUAGAUAUCUUUUUCUCGCUGACAGUAUUAUCUAACAUCGUUCUCCAACCCGCAUUAGCAUUUUUAGUUCAAAUUAGCUGGCAGGCUAGUUAGGUAGCUAAGUAGCUAUCUUCGUUAGUGAGACGUUUUAAGGAAUAGUUAGUAUGGCAGAAGACGAAUUCACAGACAUUAACGGCAAAGCGAUUUCUUUGCAAUGCCAGAGUCAUUCAAAUUUUUGCAGGGAGUUCACCGUGAGCGCUCCCAAACUAUCGCUGCGCAGAAUAAUGGUAUACACUUGCUCAGUGUGGCUGGUUGCUUACGUUGUGUUUUUCCUCACACAGAAUACUGCUGUCCUGUCGAGUGCCAUAUUCAUCACACUGGUGGGAAUGAUGCUUCAUAUCCACUUAGUGAAAAUCGACCACGAGACGCUGCUCAUUGUCGGGUCCCUGGGCGUCCAGGUGUCCUCGUCCUAUGCGUCCGGCAGGGAAAGCACCACCUUCAUUGAGAUGAGCAAGAUCAAAGAUAUCGUCAUUAAUGAGGCCAUUUAUAUGCAAAGGGUCAUCUACUCCUUAUGUAUUUUACUAAAAGAUCCCUCAGAUCCAGAUGCAGUGUCCACAGUGGUCCCACUUUUUCAGAGUUCUAAGCCAAGGUUGAAUUGCUUGGUAAAAGUAUAUAGAAGUUGCCAAGAAAUCCUUGCUCAGUGCUAACAGGCAGUAAAGGAAUGGACUGGAUGGAGUGGUACCUUGAAGGACUGAGUCUGUUGUAUAUUGUACCUUAUUGCUUGCCAUUUUUUGAAUUGCUGUCUGCUAGAAAAAUGUCUGGUAUUUUGGCUGGAACAACAAUCCACCCCAAACAACCUAUGCCUCUUUGGUUUGAGCAUACAGGAUGCUCUGAUUCUGUGUUUGAAGUGUAAGCGGAGCAGUUGCCUUGUGUUUCUGAUGGGUAGACUAGUCAUUUGCAUAGCCUUCAACAGACUUUGUGUGUUUAAUGAAGGUAACUUUGUAAAGUAAAUAAAGACAUGCACUCUUGGUUCCUGUCAUAUUUCUCCCUUUACAACCAAACUGUAAGACCUUAUGUUUGGGGCCACAGGAGUGCUACGGUGCUUGAUUGAUUACUACCUCGAGUAUUUUGGUAAUGGUUUAAACAGCACAGCUAUAUACCUGUCCAUUCUGUCCAACGGAAAAAAAAAC